CUCACUCAAAGGUGUUGUAGUACUCUCAACAACAUAAUAACAUAUUUGUCAUUUUCUCCCUUGCUUUUUUAACUUGAGACUUGCAAAGAAGCAAUGGAGAUGCAGGAGACAUCAAGAAAUGAACAUAAAGGAAAUAUUACUAGUGAUAAUACUCUUGAUUGGAGAGGAAGGCCCUCAAACCCUAAGCUGCAUGGUGGAAUGAAAGCUGCUUCAUUUGUCCUAGGAGUCCAAGCUUUUGAAAUAAUGGGAAUAGCAGCAGUUGGAAACAAUCUGAUAACAUAUGUCCUAAAUGAGAUGCACUAUUCAUUGUCAAGAUCAGCAAAUAUUGUCACCAACUUUAUAGGAACUCUCUUCAUCCUUGCACUACUUGGUGGCUUCCUUUCUGAUUCUUACCUUGGCUGCUUUUGGACCAUGCUUAUCUUUGGCUUUCUUGAACUUUCUGGUUUCAUUCUGUUGUCUGUCCAAGCUCAUCUGCCUCAACUAAAGCCGCCGCGAUGCAACAUGUUGGUCGAUGGAGAUAACUGUGUAGAAGCCAGAGGACUCAAGGCCUUCAUAUUUUUCGUCGCGCUUUACUUGGUCGCACUAGGAAGUGGAUGUAUGAAACCUAAUAUGAUAUCUCAUGGUGCUGAUCAAUUCAACAAAGAUGACACCAAGCAGUCCAAGAAGCUCUCCACAUACUUCAAUGCUGCCUACUUCGCCUUUUCUCUCGGGGAACUUGUAGCCCUGACACUCCUGGUCUGGCUCCAGACUCACUCUGGAAUGGACGUGGGAUUCGGAGUUUCAGCUGCUGCCAUGGGACUAGGACUCAUCAGCUUGGUCUGUGGCACCCUUUUUUACAAGAACAGGCCUCCUCAGGGAAGCGUUUUGACUCCCAUCGCGCAGGUUUUUGUAGCUGCAUAUUACAAAAGAAACAAAGUGUGUCCAUCUAAUCCACAGUUGCUUCAUGGAGGUGGUAGCGGGGUGCCAAACACCAACACAAUCAUGUCUUCUGAUGUCGGCCAUUCUCAAUGCACCACAAGAUUCAGAUUCCUGGACAAAGCUUGCAUUAAAAUGGAAGAAGGAAGCAACAUAAGCACUGAAAGUCCAUGGAAACUCUGCACCAUAAACCAAGUUGAACAAGUGAAAACCCUAAUCACAGUGAUUCCAAUAUUUGCAUGCACCAUAAUAUUUAACACAACUUUAGCACAACUCCAAACAUUCUCAGUUCAACAAGGAAGUUCCAUGAACUCUAAACUUACCACAUCCUUCCACAUUCCUCCUGCUUCACUUCAAGCCAUCCCCUACAUCAUCCUAAUCUUUUUAGUCCCUAUCUACGAUACUUUCUUCGUACCUCUUGCAAGGAAAAUUACAGGUCAUGAGUCCGGUAUCAGCCCUUUGAAGCGAAUAGGCCUUGGACUAUUCGUGGCAACUUUCUCAAUGGUAGCCGCCGCAGUCAUGGAACACAAGAGAAGAGUUGCAGCUGUAAAGUACAAUGAAAUAAUCUCAAUCUUUUGGAUCACACCUCAAUAUCUAAUCUUUGGGCUGUCAGAAAUGUUCACAGCUAUCGGACUGAUCGAGUUCUUCUACAAACAGAAGAUUAAAGGGAUGCAGUCCUUUUUAACAGCCAUGACCUACUGUUCAUAUUCAUUCGGUUUCUAUUUAAGCUCAGUACUUGUUUCUUUAGUAAACAAGAUCACAUCUACUUCCUCAAAUCACGGUUGGCUUGCUGAGAAUGAUCUGAAUAACGACAGGUUGGAUCUUUUCUACUGGUUGUUAGCAGGACUGAGCUUCAUCAACUUCUUAAACUACCUUUUCUGGGCAAAAUGGUACUCGGACAGUCCAUCUGCAUCGGAUACUAUAUCACAUUACUCUGAUUGCAAUACUGCAAAAGUUGCUGGAGACAAUACGACAGUCUGACUGACAUCAUAAUCUGUUUGAAUGUGUUUUAAAUCCUUGUGGUGAAGGUCUCAGAGGAAAGAAAAUAACACAGAUGUAAAUAGAAUAUAUCAUGAACAAAUGUGAUACCGAUGCAAGUUAAAUAAGCUUCUGCAUAUUAUAGUAUCCUAUCGGGCGAUUAGCCCAUACUAUUUGCUGUUUGAUAACAUUUGAAUAUGUAAACGAGAACAGUGUUCUUGAUA